AUGAAGUCAAUCCAUUUCUCAUGCAAGAAGCACGGCAUUAGACGGCGCAUACCUUCCAUUGGCCUUGCCCUUGUACUGCUCAUCUCCUUGGCAUCUUGUGCCAGUUCCUGCACAGAGCUGGAGAGGACCUCCCUCCUCCAGUUCCUCACAGAGCUCUCGCAGAAUGCUGACCUCAUCAAGUUUUGGCAAGGUACAGACUGCUGCAAAUGGGAAGGAAUCGGCUGCGACAAAAAUGGGACAGUCACCACUGUCUCGCUGCCUUACAAGGGCCUUGAGGGGCGUAUCUCGCAGUCCCUUGGGAACCUCACCGACCUGCAGCACCUAAACUUGUCCCACAAUUCACUGUCCGGUGGCCUGCCCCUGGGAUUGGUGUCAUCCAGCAGCAUCAUUGUCCUCGACAUCAGCUUCAACCAGCUCAGUGGAGACCUGCAUGAGCUGCCAUCUUCAACCCAUGGGUACUCUCUACAGGUACUUAACAUCUCAAGCAACUUGUUUACAGGGCAUUUUACAUCCACAACAUGGAAGGGGAUGCAGAAUUUGAUUGCACUCAAUGCCAGCAACAAUAGCUUCACUGGACAGAUCCCAAGUCAUUUAUGUAACAUAUCACCAUCCUUUAGUGUGCUUGAACUCUGUUACAACAAACUCAGUGGUGGUAUCCCCCCAGGACUCGGUAAUUGCUCCAACCUCAGAAUUCUCAAGGCUGGGCACAACAACCUCAGUGGAAUUCUCCCUAAAGAACUCUUCAACGUUACCUUGUUGGAGCAUCUUUCUUUUUCCAGCAAUGGUUUGCAAGGAACACUUGAUGGCACACAUAUAAUCAAACUCAGCAAUAUGGCCAUCCUCGAUCUUGGAGAAAACAAAUUCAGCGGCAUGAUUCCAGACUCCAUAGGUCAGCUCAAGAGAUUGCAGGAACUCCAUCUGAACUACAACAGCAUGUCUGGGGAGCUGCCAUCGACUCUCAGUAACUGCAAAAAUCUCAUAACAAUUGACCUUAAGAGCAACAUUUUCAGCGGUGAGCUCAACAAGGUUAAUUUCUCCAACUUUCCCAAUUUAAAAACCUUAGAUAUUAUGCGGAACAACUUCAGCGGCACAAUUCCAGAAAGCAUAUACUCAUGCAGAAACCUGAUUGCACUACGGCUGUCUUCAAAUAAGUUCCAUGGACAGUUAUCAGAAGGACUAGGCAAUCUGAAAUCCCUCUCCUUCCUGUCGCUCGCAAAUAACUGUUUUUCAAAUAUAACAAAUGCACUUCAGAUACUACAACGCUCCAAGAACCUCACCACCCUUAUUCUUGGGCCAAAUUUCAUGAACGAGACCAUGCCGGAUGAUACCACAAUCAAUGGUCUUGACAAUCUUCAGGUUUUGGCCAUUCCUGAUUGCCUAUUGUCAGGGAAAAUGCCUUUUUGGAUAUCGGAGCUAGAAAAUUUGGAGAUAUUAUUUUUGCAGGGUAAUAGACUCAGUGGACCAAUACCAACCUGGAUCAACACAUUGGGAUUCCUUUUCUAUUUAGACAUAUCAAACAAUAGCCUUACAGGGGAAAUUCCAAGAGCACUGAUGACUAUGCCAAUGUUAACUUCAGAGACUGCAGCUCAUUAUGACCCAAGGAUCUUUGAUCUGCCAGUUUAUGAAGGUCCAUCAUUUCAAUACCGUAAACCGAUCGCUUUUCCUAAAGUGCUAAAUCUAAGCAGUAACAAAGUCACGGGUGUGAUUCCCCCAGAGAUUGGUCAGCUGAAAGCCCUCAUUUCACUCGAUAUCAGCUGCAACAACUUAACAGGACCGGUGCCCCCAUCCAUCGGUAAUCUCACAAACCUGGAGGUGCUAGAUUUAUCCAACAACAAUCUCACAGGUGAAAUCCCAGCUGCAUUGGAGAGCCUGCACUUCCUUGCCACAUUCAAUGUUUCUAAUAAUAACCUUGAAGGGCCUAUUCCAACUGGUGGCCAAUUUGGCACAUUUCAGAAUUCUAGCUUUUUGGGGAAUCCAAAGUUGUGUGGUUCUAUGCUCAGCCGUCGAUGCAAUUCACCAGAGGCGGGUCCAGUGUCCAUUGUCUACAGCAAACCCCAUGGAAGCAAGGUUAUCUUUGCCAUCGCCUUUGGUGCUUUCUUCGGAGUAGGAGUGCUAUAUGAUCAGCUGGUAAUAUCCAGGUAUUUUUGAAGUGAAAUGAGAAAUAAACAGUUACAGCAUUGCAUACUGUUA